AUGUCGCACCUCAACCUAGACGACUUGAAUCAGACGGUGAUCUGUAUUCCAUACGAAGAAGACGACGAUAGCUCCGACGAAUACGAUGUUGAGGAGACAUCGUUCAAAGCACGAGACAUUCCGGAUGGGCCCGCUGUACGGUUCGAAGCUUAUGUCGCCGCGUGGGGGGAAUGCUUUCAGCGCAUACAGGACGUCAUGCGCGAUAUAAAUGCCCCUUUGGCGCAGAAGCUCGUUGGCGACAUACAGACAGCCUACAAUGCACCACUACCAGGCCUUCCUUAUCCCGAGAUCCCGACAUUUGCGGUCUGUGCUUCCGGAGAAUCUUUCAUCUCAGAUAUUGCAACGCGACUUGAAGACUCAGAAGAUGCACCAAAUGGUGCUGGGAUUCAUAAGAGUGUCGCAGCUCGCUCUUCCCGCGUCAUACACCUUCGCCCAUCGGAAUGCACGAACAUCACGAAUACCAUGAAGACCCUCAUUUCUGCGUUCAUAUCUGAACCUCCUGGAGAAGUUGACGUCAAAAGGCGGCCUACUACUUCAUUGGCGGCGUUCGACAUAGGGCUCUUGAUAACCUGGUACAAGGCGCUGACAGAACAUCUCGGAGAAGAUGAUCAAUCACAGCUUGUAGUCUUUAUGCAUGACUUCGAGCAAUUCGAGCCCUCCGUCGUCUCUGAUCUAUUCCAUAUAUGCAGCACUCUUAUCCCGGACUUGCCGCUCAUCUUCGUCCUUGCUUUGGCUUCCCCUCCGGCUCCGUCGUUCAUCCACGCGACAUAUCGACGAGCCACCCUCUCUUUGCUGCAGUUGCAAACGACCUCCCUACCCAGCGGCACUAAUUUGCUCGAGCGGGUUUUACUUGAUACCUUCUUCGACCUCGAAUACGAGCCCCCCGUCAUGCUAGGUUAUCGUGUGCUGGAGUCGACAGUCGAGCUCUUCACACGCCACUCGCCUUCUCUUGAAGGGAUAUGUGCAGGGCUUCAGGUCGCCCAUCUCAAGCACUUUGAUGACCCUCUCACCCUCUUCGAUGACCCGAACCCUAAACGAUUGGACAAACUGUUGGCGUCUGCCGAAGCCCUACCGCUCCUCGACUCCGUCGUCUCUCGACUAGCAAAGCAUACUUCCUUACAGAAUCCGAUCUCCAGGACCAAGGACCUCUUUCAGGCCGUCGUGAAUGCACGAUCAUCCUUGUUCGCAUGUCUCCGCAAACUUCGACUGGGGCUGCGAUCCUUUUUGGUCGUCCGUGAUUUCCUCGUCUCCAAGAAUAUCGUCAAUCCGGCCUCCAAGGACGAGCUCACCACCACUUUUGAGGCGCUGAGUUGGGGUUUGCGCGGUUAUCUUUCGGAAUGGAUCCAUCCGUUCGCACAGCGAGUCUCCGCCCUAUCCGGAGAGGUCAAAGAAUCGUUGCUACUCGAGCUAGCAACCUGGUUGGACGGUGUGCCCGAAUCGUUCAACGAGGAGAUUGCAGGACUCCCCGAGCUCCUUCUCAGGUCAGAUGAUGAGGUGAUGGCCGAGCUCGGAGACUGGCUGGCCAACUUUUGGGAAGAAGCCGUUCAGGAUCUCGAACAAGAACCUCUUUGGGAUGUAUGGUUCAUGGGAUCAACACCGUUUCCCACGGAGGCGGUCAACCCCGCACCUCGCGCCGCAGUGCUUUCCGGCCUCCUCGACCCAUACGCCUUCGCUGAGACCGGUGAUGUCUACGGUCGUCCCCGCCGCGGACUAUGGGAGAUGCCGGAUACUUCGAUCCUAUUCCGCCGUUAUCUCGAGGCAGGGCGUAUGGUCAAUGUAUACGACUGGUAUGAGGCUUUCGCCAUGGCAUUGGAGACGCAGCGUCGUCGACUCAGUGCCCUGAAGGCCGAAGCUGACGCAGAGAAGGCGGCACAGAAGGGAAAGGCCAAGGCGAAUGGCAGAGGGAAGGCCAAGGCACCUGUGCCGGAGGUGGAAGAGGAGGAGGAUAAAGACGCAGAGGAGAAGUGGAAGAUGCACGUACAGGCGCGCUUCAUUCGUGCACUGCAUGAGCUUGACUAUCUAGGCUUCGUUAAGCACACGGGUAGGAAACCGGACCACAUCGUCCGUACCGUGUAUGACGGCGCAGAUUAG